CGUCGAUAAUCGAGUCGGUAAUUGUUAAGACCAGGGAUCGACCGAAAGCCCCAUAGUUUCCAUUCCGCGUUCCUUUAGUUCCGUACCUACAGUUGUACUAGGUAGGUAAAUAGUUGGAUUUGCGACCCUCUGUCUUCAUAGAGGACCCCCCCUGGGCUCUUGGCUGGGCUUGUCUUAGUAGGGUCCAUGGGACUGUGGGAUUCAUCUCUUUGUCGAAUUACGAACACCACCCACCUACGAACACGGUUCCAUCCUUCAUCGGGCCCCCUGCCCCGAAGUUCAACUUUUCUCUGGAUCCUCAAAUCCAAUUGGAUUCUUGAUCCAGUUUACUGCUUUUUCAAGCAGUCGAGUUGCAGUCGAGUUAUUCUUCCCCAUCAUUUCAAAUCUCUGCGCAUUGUCUUCGACUAUCUUUUUGAAACAUUUUUGUGCUUACUUUUUCGUACUAAGAAGAAUAAAGGACUUUCACGUACCGGGUUCACUCCAAAUAGGAACAUCCAUAAGAACAUCCAUACUACAUUGGUUACCGGUACUCGGUACUCUACUUCACUUGAAUACUACGUAGAGAGAAGUUCACAGGAACCACCCUCUCAUUCCCCGUUACCCCCAGUCCCAUUCCCAACCGCUUCCCCCUUGCAACACCCCCAAUCGAUCGUCUUGGACGUGUAAAAAAGGCGCUAUGGGGAGCUUUGAGCCCCUUAUGAGCUUCAAUUUACCGGAGCUUCUGGCGGUGGACUUGGAAGAUUCUGAAGAAGUUUUUAAAUCGAAACAACUAACGGCUGGUCCCCCCGCGCCCGCCUUGGCCGAUGAUGGGACCAAAAGACGGUAUUCUUUACAAGAUAGUUCAUUGAGUGCUGUUCCUUCAUCCCAUCUAACAGACAACAUGAGCAGAGCCAAAUCAAUGCAAAAUGUGCAUGAAAAAGAAACACAAUUUAUAAUCAUACGUCACGAGGCACAACCCGACAACAACAGUGACUCUGAUACCGCCAGUAGUGAAUCAUCUGGUGCUUUGAUGCCCCCAUCAAUCAGUAUGCGGGAUGCGUCAGUCACCACUGCAGCUACUUCAGUCACUUCCGAGAGAAUGGAGAAAAUAGAGAGGAUGGAGAGAAUGGAGAGAAUGGAGCACCCGAACUUACCAAAGCUCGCCAUUGCCACCCAACCUAAUAAACAAGCAGGAGAGAGUUGGAUGGACUUCGACAUCGAGGAUCCAACAUCGCCGGAUCGCAGGUACAACAGUAUGAUCAACAUAGCUUCCCCAGUGCAGGAGUAUCUCUCUCUACGAAGUGAUCUUCCCUUGGAAUCACCAAGGAGCAUGUCACUAAACUCAGCUGUUCCUCGCCCAAUUCUAAUGAACCCAAACUUAUCGUCGCCCACCAUUCUCCCACCUCCGCGUACCGCGGACCCAGAGCGCGUCAAACAGCCUUUGGCGUGUCCCAUUGAGCUUCCCAAGCGACGCUCUUCAUUGCGAUAUCGAGAGUACACCUCACUCCCUCAGAUUAACGUCUCGCACUCUCUACCCACAACGACUCAUACAACGACACAUUCAACGACCCAUUCAACGACUCAUUCCAGGGCAGCGUCAGUCAUCGAACACGCGCCAUCUCAAAGCCACAACCCACCGAUUGCGCGCCUACCUCAGAGACCAGAAAGUGAAAAGAUGGCCAAUCAUGAAGGCGAUCGUGACAAUGAAAACGGGCAAUAUCCUGAAAUCGCUCCGCCUGGGAUUGACGUUGAAUCGUGGUUGGAGUCCGCAGUUGACAAUUUCCCUUAUUACGCCCAGACGAGAGCCGACGGACACACACCCUUACCGCUUCCGCCAGAGGUAAUUGAUACGCUUCGAGUCUCGAUAGCAUGCUUCCCAGAGACCAUGCUCCAAUGUUCUAGUCUUUCUAUUGAAACCAUUCGUGGUCACUCCAGGAAGCUAAGGUACAGGGCUACGAGCACCCCAAGCCUAUAUUCCGAAUCGCCCACAUCAACAGAAUUUCCAGACCAGUCAAAACAAUUUAAAUGGAAAUGGCUACCGAUGAAGAAGCAACCCUCAUCCCCCACUCCCAUGCCGCCCAGUCCCCUACGAAACGGCUUUGGAGAGAGCCCGGAAUCGCGAUAUAGCCACGCCUGGCCUCGGAGACCGGACUGGACGGCUAUCCAGAAUCUCUUUCCCACCGGGACCGAUUACCUAUGCGACGCUCUCUACGCUCACCUAGUCGCAUACAAUUAUAUUACUUCCCUAUGCCCGCGAUCCGCACUAGUCAACCCAAUGUCGCGUCCAACUUCCAAGUCCUCCUCAGCAGGAUCGGAUAUUAGUAUGGGCCUCUCCAUCGAUCUGCGCACAUCGGUUGAUAUCCGAUGCUCUAUCUCGGAUGGCACUACGAUACCGCUGAAGGCAGCGAGCCUACUCGGCCUACAGGACGAUCCUUCUGCGCCAAUUCCCGACCCUCCUUCGUCGCGAUGCGCCACAUUGCGUAGCAAGCGGUCGUUUUUUGCGGUACCCAAGUCUGCUACUUUUUCGGACGGUAGUCGGCCGAUGACAUCCAUGGGCCCUCGGCGCCAAUCGCCGGCCGACCAUACCGAACAACUCCUAAGGGAUCUUCGAUUAGGCCUGGCGAGGUGUAUCUCGAGGCUUGUAGCUACAUUACGGGUUUCUAAUGGUUGUCAAGCACCGGGUGCUAAUGGACCCCAGGCGAAGCGGGAGGAUGAUCCCGAUUUCAUGCGUGCGCUCUGUGAGAUUGUUCGUCUCUCCGAAGAAAGAUAUAUGUAGAAGAUUCAGGCGUAACCUUCUACCGGCCCGACGCGCGAGCCAAAUUGAACACAUACAAGUACUUAUGGUCAAGGCGAGAGAGUUGAUAUAUACGCCCCUUCA